AUAAGAUUGGACCACACAACAUAAUCUCUCCCUCUCUCUCUGUCUCUCCUCCAUGAUCUUCUCACCAAACUAAGGUGGAAAAUGAAGAAAUUUUUCAUGUGUUUCACCACUUGAUUAUUUUAUGAAUUUACUAGUACCGCUAUUGUCAGUCUGCCAACAUUUCUUCUUCUAAAUUCAUCCAUUCGUUCCACCCUUGCCAUACAAAAAGUUAAAAUCACCAAUUACUGGGAAGAAAAAAAAAACAAACAAAGAUCUCAAAACCCUCUUCUUCUUCUUCUUCUUCUUCUUCCACUUCUUCUCAUUUGUAAAAAAGAAAGAAACCCAGAAUCAAGAACAAAAUUUUCAACCCAAUUCAGUAUAAAAGAUUCAAACUUUAUGUAGAUUUCUCAUUCAGAAGCUUCAAACUGAGGAAAAGAUCCAAAUUUUGUUAUGGCAUCAGGAAGUAGAGGAACUACUGGUAAUGCAAACAACCAGCAGAAUUCUUCAGGUGGAAGUAACAUAAGAAACAAUAAUACUACUACAACUCAACAACCAACAGAAUCUGUAAACAAAACAAUUGCACAGUAUACAAUUGAUGCAAGAUUACAUGCUGCUUUUGAACAAUCAGGUGAAUCUGGUAAGUCAUUUGACUACUCACAGUCUAUUAGGAAUACAUCACAAUCAAUACCUGAACAACAAAUUACAGCUUACUUAUCGAAAAUUCAAAGAGGUGGUCAUAUUCAACCAUUUGGUUGUAUGGUUGCUGCUGAGGAGAAUACUUUUAGGGUCAUUGCUUACAGUGAAAAUGCAUCAGAAAUGCUUGAUGUUAUACCUCAAUCAGUACCUAGCCUUGAAAAAAAUGAAUCUUUAGUAGUUGGUAUUGAUGUUAGAACUCUAUUUACACCAUCAAGUACAGCUUUGUUGGAAAAAGCAUUUUCAGCGCGUGAAAUUUCUCUUUUAAACCCUCUGUGGAUCCAUUCAAAGAAUUUAGGAAAACCCUUUUAUGCUAUUUUGCAUAGAAUUGAUGUGGGUAUUGUAAUUGAUUUAGAACCUGCAAGAUCAGAAGACCCUGCACUUUCCAUUGCAGGGGCAGUUCAGUCUCAGAAACUUGCAGUACGAGCAAUAUCUCGGUUACAGGCUCUUCCUGGUGGGGAUAUUAAGAUUUUAUGUGAUACUGUAGUCGAACAUGUUAGGGAGCUUACUGGGUAUGAUAGGGUUAUGGUGUAUAAGUUUCACGAGGAUGAACAUGGUGAGGUUGUAGCUGAAAGUAAGAGGCCAGAUUUGGACCCGUAUUUGGGGUUACACUAUCCUUCAACAGAUAUACCUCAAGCGUCGAGGUUCUUGUUUAAGCAGAAUAGAGUUAGGAUGAUUGUCGAUUGCCGUGCUACAACUGUUCCGGUGGUUCAGGAUGAAGAGCUAAUGCAGCCUCUUUGUUUAGUUGGUUCAACUCUUAGGGCACCACAUGGAUGUCACGCACGAUACAUGGCUAAUAUGGGUUCCAUUGCCUCAUUAGCACUGGCAGUUAUCAUUAAUGGAAAUGACGAAGAAGGUACCGGACCUUCUGGUACUCGUAAUUCAAUGAGGCUAUGGGGACUUGUGGUGUGCCAUCACACAUCUGCACGCUGUAUCCCGUUUCCUCUUCGUUAUGCCUGUGAGUUCCUAAUGCAGGCUUUCGGGCUUCAACUGAACUUGGAAUUACAAUUAGCUUCCCAGAUGCAGGAGAAACAUGUUUUGCGAACCCAGACUUUGUUGUGUGAUAUGCUCCUCCGAGAUUCCCCAUCUGGGAUUAUUACUCAGAGCCCAAGUAUCAUGGAUCUUGUGAAAUGUGAUGGGUCUGCUCUCUUCUACCAGGGUAAAUAUUUCGCGCUUGGUGUUACUCCUACUGAAUCCCAGAUUAAGGAUAUUGUGGAGUGGUUGUUGGCUUACCAUGGGGAUUCAACGGGAUUGACUACUGAUAGUUUGGCUGAUGCUGGAUACUCGGGAGCAGCCACAUUAGGUGACGCAGUUUGUGGGAUGGCUGUUGCUUAUAUUACUUCAAGAGACUUCCUAUUUUGGUUUAGAUCCCAUACGGCGAAAGAGAUUAAGUGGGGAGGGGCGAAACAUCAUCCAGAAGACAAGGAUGAUGGUCAAAGAAUGCACCCUCGUUCUUCUUUUAAGGCAUUCUUGGAAGUAGUCAAGAGCCGGAGCUUGCCAUGGGAAAACGCGGAGAUGGAUGCGAUACACUCUUUGCAGCUUAUACUGCGAGAUUCAUUUAAAGAUGCUGAUGGAAGUAUUUCUAAGUCAGUGGUCAAUACUGAAGUUGCAAAUACCGAUUUGCAAGGGACAAAUGAGCUCAUUUCAGUUGCAAAAGAGAUGGUUAGGCUAAUAGAAACCGCAACUGCUCCAAUUUUUGCUGUAGAUUCUGAUGGUCGGAUAAAUGGGUGGAAUGCAAAAAUUGCAGAAUUGAUAGGUCUGCCUGUUGAGGAAGCUAUGGGGAAGUUGUUACUUCAGGACCUUAUUUAUAAAGAAUAUGUUGAGGUUGUUGGCAAGGUUCUUUCCCGUGCAUUGCAAGGUGAAGAAGAUAAAAAUGUAGAGCUUAAGCUGAAGACAUUUGGUCCACAGAAAGUUAACAAAAGCGUGUUUCUGGUAGUCAAUGCCUGCUGUAGCAAAGACUAUCUGAAUAACAUUGUUGGAGUUGGAUUUGUGGGUCAGGAUAUUACUUCCCAGAAAGUGGUUAUGGACAAGUUCAUCCGUAUUCAAGGUGACUAUAAAGCUAUUUUACAUAAUCCUAACCCUUUAAUUCCACCCAUAUUUGCUUCGGAUGAGAAUACGUGUUGCUUGGAAUGGAAUAAGGCUAUGGAAAAACUAACUGGUUGGGACAGAGAGGAAAUGCUUGGAAAAAUGUUGGUAGGAGAUAUAUUUGGCGGUUGCUGUCGGCUCAAAGGCACUGAUGCUCUUACAAGGUUCAUGAUUGUCCUACACAAUGCAAUUGGGGGCCAAGACACCGACAAAUUUCCUUUUCAAUUCUAUGACCGGAACGGAAAAUAUGUGCAAGCUCUCUUGACAGCAAAUAAAAGGGUUAAUUUGGAAGGAGAGAUGAUUGGGGCCUUCUGCUUUCUGCAGAUUGCGAGCCCUGAAUUGCAGCAGGCCCUGGAAGUACAAAGGCAGCAAGAGAAGAAAUGUUUUGCUAGGAAGAAAGAGUUGGCUUAUAUUUGCCAAGAGGUAAAGAAUCCAUUACGUGGGUUACAAUUUACUAAUUCUCUACUGGAGGCAACAGACUUAAACGAAGAUCAGAAGCAGUUUUUAGAGACUAGUGCCGCUUGUGAAAGGCAGAUGAUGAAGAUCAUAAGGGAUGUUGAUCUAGAGCGCAUUGAGGAUGGGUCCUUGGAACUGGACGAGGCUGAAUUUUUACUUGGGAACCUUAUAAAUGCUGUUGUUAGCCAAGUUAUGAUUCUCCUAAGAGAGAGAGGCUUACAACUGAGACGUGAUAUUCCAGAGGAAAUCAAAACACUGGCUGUUUUUGGUGAUCAAGUUCGAAUUCAGCAAGUCUUGGUUGAUUUCUUGUUGAACGUUGUGCGUUACGCGCCAUCUCCAGACAGUUGGGUAGAGAUUCAAGUCUGCCCAAGCCUGAAAAUUGUAUCAGAUGGCAUAGAACUUCUACACCUUGAAUUCAGGAUUGAGUGUCCUGGUGAGGGCCUCCCCCCUGAACUCGUUCAAGACGUGUUCAACAGCAACCGUUGGUUGACUCAAGAAGGUUUAGCCUUAAACAUGUCAAGGAAGAUUCUAAAGUUAAUGAACGGUGAAGUUCAAUAUGUCAGGGGAUCUGAACGAUGUUCUUUUCUCAUUAUUCUUGAACUUCCAAUGCCAAGGAGGGCGUCAAAAAAGGCUGUACAUUAAGCCCAUCCCAGCUCUCAGUUUAACCGAACUUAUUAACCAUUAAUCAAACCAUAACCUCAUUUGGAAUUUGACAGCUGAAUUGAAUGGUUCGGAGCUAACCGAAUCCCAUUCGUGUCAAAGGAAUCGAUUGUUCCAUCACUUUGGAAAAGGAUUGUGAGCUCUCUCAAACUAGUAAUUCCUUUUACUGUAAUAGUUUAUGUUAAAGAUUGAUUAAAAGAUCCAACAAUAUUGAUUCUAGAGAGGAUGCAGUCAAGUUUUAAUACUAUAUUUGAGUCCGUGGUAACUUACACAUGGAGAUGGUGGCAUCCUUUUUUUUUUUUUUACCUCCAUUUUCUGAUUUUGUAUGAUGUAUUUGUAAAGGCAUUUCAUGUCUAGAGAUAUCUAGAUUAGUAACUUCUGAUUUACCUGA